GCAUGUCUGUGACUAUGGCGGCCGCCUUGAGAGGAAGCUUAGUAACAUUGGUCAAGGGCCUGAGUGGCCCCCGGUGGCAGCAACUGGCCUCCCGACCACUGAGUGUUUCUGCUGCUCUCUGUGGACCAGAGGCCCCGCCUGCUCGUGCAGAUGCAACCUUUAAGGUCACAAUGGUUCCAGGGGACGGAGUGGGACCUGAGCUGAUGACUGCUGUCAAGGAUGUCUUUAAGGCAGGAGAUGUCCCCGUCGAAUUUGAGGAGUUCCACCUGAGUGAAGUGCAGAACAUGGCCAGUGAGGAGAAACUGGACCAAGUGUUGACCUCUAUGAAGGUCAACAAAGUGGCCAUGAAAGGAAAGAUUCACACGCCCAUGGAGUUCAAAGGGGAGCUGGCUUCAUAUGAGAUGAGACUGAGGCGUAAACUGGACCUGUUUGCUAAUGUGGUUCAUGUGAACAGCCUUCCGGGCUACAGCACUCGCCACAACAACCUGGACCUGGUCAUCAUCCGCGAACAGACUGAGGGGGAGUACAGCUCCCUGGAGCAUGAGAGUGUGACCGGUGUGAUCGAAUGCUUGAAGAUCAUCACCAGGGAGAAGUCACGGCGCAUUGCCAAGUUUGCCUUCGAUUAUGCCACCAAGAAGGGGCGAAGCAAGGUCACUGCUGUCCACAAGGCCAACAUCAUGAAAUUAGCUGACGGCCUGUUUCUGCAGAGCUGUGCGGAGGUGGCAGAACUAUACCCCAAAAUCAAAUAUGAGAACAUAAUCAUCGAUAACUGUUGCAUGCAGCUGGUUCAGAACCCAUACCAGUUUGAUGUGCUGGUGAUGCCCAACCUGUAUGGCAACAUUAUUGAUAACCUGGCAGCAGGACUGGUGGGAGGAGCAGGUGUUGUUCCCGGGGAAAGCUACAGCGCAGAGUAUGCAGUCUUUGAAACUGGUGCUCGUCAUCCCUUUGCACAAGCUGUAGGAAGGAACAUUGCUAACCCCACAGCCAUGCUGCUCAGUGCUGCUAACAUGCUCAAGCACCUCAACCUGGAAUAUCACUCCCAUAUGGUGUCAGAUGCUGUCAAGAGGGUCAUCAAACAGGGCAAGGUACGGACACGAGACCUUGGCGGGUACUGUACCACUAGCGACUUUGUGCGUGCCAUUGUGGAGAACCUGCGUCACCGACCCGUUUACUAAGAUGUUUGCUCCCCAGACACACUCCUUCCUGACAUUUCCUUUAAUCUGGACAUUGAUCUUAACAUGAACUGGACGCAUGUUAAGACACGUCUCCCCUUCACUGCUAAAAGACAGUUGUGCCGCACAGUUUCGACUUUUAAGUUGCAUGUAUUGUUCAUACUGGGUUUACUAAUGAAUCCAACUGAAUCAGUGGUACCUGUGCAGAUCAUGAGGCUACCUCUCUAGGGUUUAAAUGUUAAAGCAUGUUGCCCCUCUCCAUGGAAACCCCUCUUCCCUCAGUUACUGUCCAAAACUGUUUAAAAUCAUGUUCACUCCUUUCAUUUUCUCUCUUAACUCUGGAUUAUGUGUGCUAAGUUUGAAUUCCUUUUCAGUAUUUUUACUAAUUUAGAUCAUCUGUGUCAUUUUUUUUCCAUUCUGGGAGAUAUUUCUACAUGCACCUCUUUCUUUAUUUCCCUUCUUUUUGCUUGUUGCUUGAUAAACUUUAGAUAUCAGCUAAAUCAGAGAAUCUGCUUUUGCCUUGCGGUCUACCACCAACUUCCUCCUACUGUCACCUCAUUUUUCACUUCAUCCAAUAGCCUCAACCAAAAUGACAAACUGAAAACUGACUGCUUCUAGCUCAUCAUUUAACAACACUGCUACAUCAUGACUCAAUAAUAUCAGAAUAUUUCUGACCUACAGAUGUUAUCAGACUCUGUUCAGCUGUGAAAUAUUUUAUCUAUCUGAAUGCAAAAUAAUGUCUGUUACCGGGAUAUUAAUAAUAAAUGUCACACAAGAAAGCAAAAAUGAUCCCGUGUCAUCAAGAUACAAUGUUACUUUGUAGUGUGAAUAUUUUACAUUUUAAUACCAUUUUGUAAAAUUUUAUAAUUAUUCUACAGUUUCUUAAUAUUGACAGAGUAUCUCCUGGGUUGAUGUUCUUAGAGCUAGUUGUCUAUUCAUCAUUAUUGGAGCAAUGCCCAGUCUACUGACAACAAAUUAAUUGAUUUAAGUCAUGUUAUUUUUCUAAUUUAAACAUGAAUACCAAAGGAUAAAGCACAUUUCUUGUAUAAACAAGUUUUAUCUCAAGAUGGUGGUGCUCACUUGUUCAAAACUGUUCAUUCUUCUGGUGCUGUAAGAAUUAAGACUCUGCUCUUUGUUCAUCUGUCAUGCCUCAAUUUAACUGAUUUCAUGUGCAGCCAGUUUUUAACCCUAAUAAAACAUUAAAAUAAUGUAGUAUAUCAUAACUUUAUAUUUAUUUGUGUCUUUGACCAAAUCAAAGCUUUAAAGCUUGUUAUGGAAAUUGUACAACACCAACAAUGUAACAGUGUCGUCUGUUUGUUUGUUUUUCUUUUGUAUUUGUGGGUUUUUUGUCUUUUUUGUUCAUCCUAUUAGUUUCCCCUUUGUUCACAAUAAAUCCUGUAUCAACAUGUCAUACUUACAUUAAAGCUGGUGUAUGAUUAUGAUAAAGAUGUGGUAUUAAAUAAGAUUCUGUUUUCUCUUCAUAGAGAAACUUAAGUAAUGUUACUAUGGUGACAUACUUGCUGAAAUGACUCAGAAACUACAUCUGAGAAUUGUAAUAAUAUUUACAUACUUCAUUUGAAUGGUACGUUUUAAUUAAAAGCCUCAUGAAAUGAUGGGAAUAAAAAUAACUGAGAAAAUGAAGAGAACGUAACUUAAACGGAUGCUUUCUAAUGAACACAUCACUGCUCUUUGUGAGUCGUUCUGUGAGUGCAGUUUUCAAAGGCUCUCUAACAUGCUCGUCACGAUACUGUAUGUGGACAUGUGUUGCUGCAGCUGUGCAUAUAGUAACACACUG